AUGUGUAGUACAUACCUGGGAUCAAAGCCGACUAUAUAAAGUCCUUGAUUCUGUGUGGGUUCAAACACAUUCAAAGCUUCAGGAUCCUGAAAGGUUUCACUCUGCUUCCUGAAGCCCGGAGCCCGCUCCCACAAAACCAUGGCUUGCAUUGGAUUCCGCAGGUGUGGGGCUCAGCUGCACCCACCCAGAACCUUGUCCUGCACUGCUAUGCUUUCUCUUCUCUUCAUUCCCAUCUACUCCAAAGGACUGCACGUGUCCCAGCCUGCAGUGGUGCUGGCCAGCAACCGGGGUGUCGCCAGCUUUGUAUGUGAGUAUGAGUUCUCACCCAAAGCCAAAGAGGUCCGGGUGACAGUGCUGAGGCAGGACAACAGCCAGAUGACUGAAGUCUGUGCCUCCACAUUUGAGGUGGAGAAUGAGUUGACCUUUCUAGAUGAUCCCACCUGCACUGGAACCACAAGUGGGAACAAAGUGAACCUCACCAUCCAAGGGCUGACGGCCAUAGACACAGGGCUGUACAUCUGCAAGGUGGAACUCAUGUACCCACCGCCUUACUACAUGGGCAUGGGCAACGGAACACAGAUUUUUGUCAUUGAUCCAGAACCAUGUCCAGAUUCUGAGUUCCUCCUCUGGAUCCUUGCAGCAGUCAGUUCAGGAUUGUUUUUUUACAGCUUUCUCAUCACAGCUGUUUCUUUGAGUAAAAUGCUAAAGAAAAGGAGCCUUCUUACUACAGGAGUCUAUGUGAAAAUGCCCCCAACAGAGCCAGAAUGUGAAAAGCAAUUUCAGCCUUAUUUUAUUCCCAUCAAUUGAAAGAUCAUCAUGAAGAAGAAAGACCAUUUUCCAGUUUCUUGGACCUGA